CAUAACAUCAAAUUCACGUAAAAAUUGCAUCCACGCCAUUCGGUCUCUGGAAAAAAAUCCAAUCAACUUACAUUGAAUUUCUAAGUUAAAACAGUUUUCAUUUCAAAAUUAUUAGUUCUUUCGCGUUCCAAGUGUUCCCGACAUGGUCAGCGAAGUGGAGUCCAGCGAUACCGAUCAGUGGCCGGCGAGUCAGGAGGCUUCGGAACCUGGAGAUUCACAAACCCUGCCCAACAUCGGUGGCGAAACAGUUCCUCCGGAUCGCAGCGGCGGGAAAACGGACGAAUUAAGCCACUUGGAAGCCACAUCGGAUGUCCGGGAGAAGAAAGCGUUUAGCUGUACGGAAUGUGGACUGAUUUUCCGCAAGCAGGACGAUUUCGACCGGCAUCGGUUUGCCCACACGGGAGUGAGGGAAUACCGUUGUCCGGAGUCGGGAUGUGGCAAGGAGUACACCAAUCGGGCCCACUUGAAUCGUCACAUCCGAUCGAACCACCGGUCGAAAAUCCCGGAAUCAACGACCAAUUCCAUUCGAUGCAAACACCCUUCCUGUGGCAAAACCUUCUCCUCGGAUCAGAACAUGCGAAGGCAUUACGACCUGAAGCAUAUUCUGGGCAAAUCGUGGACCUGUGACGAGUGUGGCGAACGGUUCUGGCGAAAAUUGCAGUUGAAGCAGCAUUCCUUCCGGCACACGGGUCAAUAUCCUCAUCGGUGUGACCACUGCGACAAGGGAUUCAUGAACUUGAAGUCACUGAGGCAUCAUCGGACAACGCAUGCUAUCCACAAAUGUGAUUCCUGCCCAUCGGAAUUCACUCGCUGGACGGACCUGGUGGCUCACCGGAAGUUGCAGCAUGCGACACUGUAUCAGUGUGAUAUUUGUCAGGGCAAGUUCCGUUCCAAGAAGAACCUCAAGGCUCACAUCGAAGUUCACCGAAAAAACAGCGAAGGAAUUGAGCAGGAGGUGUUCCAGUGCCCGUACGAAGGCUGUCCCAAGUUCUACGACUACCAGCGUAACCUGAUGGCCCACGUAAAGGCCAAACACGAGGGAAUCCGGAAGUUCGUCUGUCCCGUUGAGGACUGUGGCCGCUCUCUGUCCUCGCAGCAGAAACUGGACCAACAUCGGCGAAUGCACGAAUCCGCCGCUCGGAGUGUCCCCCGUAUGAAGGUUCCAGGGAAACCGGUGGCACGGCGGAAAGACGCCGGUCAACAGAAGCGAUCGACCGCAUCGCGGUUGGCCAAUGUGCGCCUGCAACCGGAUGUGGAGCGGAUACUGAUCGAUCAGAGCCCCGAUCAGAGGCCGGCAAUCGAGCUGGAGGGCUCGUUCUCGGUAGAUUCGGCAUCCGAAUCGGAGGUGGAACCGUGCGUUGCGGUGGGGGCUGUCCUGCAGGGUCAGCUGGCAAGGAUACAGGAUGAGAUUCGGCGGCUGCAGGAGCGGUCUUAGCCCCUAGGAUUAGCGUAGCUGAUUGCAACGGGUUUAUAUACAAAGUAUGUUUGAUUUGAAUUCUGAAAGUAUUACCUACGUGGUGUAGAUGCCAUGAACAAGGAAUAUAUGCCACAAAGAAGUCGAUA